AUGGAUUCUACAGUAAAAAGUAAAGAAAAUACUAAUAACGCAUCGGCAACAGUUUCUGUUAUAGCUGGAAUUUGCAGCAGCGACAGUUUUUCAAUGUUUCCACCACAUCACCAUGAUUUGACCAGUACUAACAGCAUUGAAUUGAACGCUGCGGCCUCUCUCAGCGAUGAUUCUGGCGUGCCCCUCACUACCAACAGUUCUAUAUCUAGCGGUGAUUCCUACCGGCUGGGUCUAUGCAAGUUCGACAUUGAGAUUGUUGAAAGUGAUGGAGAGGUGUCCCAGUUUGAUUCGCUGGAUAAUUGCUCAGAAGGUGGAAUGAGUGCCGAAAACUUUAACACUCUGAAGAAGGGACCGUUGGCUCCCAUUGAUCCUCCGCCCGAAUUUCAAGACUCGCCGCAAACAACGCUGGUACGGUCAAUGACAAAGAAUCCUGUAACUAGUUUAAGACGUUGGACUUCUUCACAAUCAUCAUUCGAACAUUUGAAAGACCACAGUAGCGCCGAUACAACCAACUUGAGUAUAGUCACGAUUGGAAACGUUAAUGUUUGCGAUGAAAACACUUUGAUCAGCGCUAACUAUAUGUUGAGUGAUGAAAUACCAGAAAAGGAAAUUUACAAUAUGAACAAACAUCUAUACUCAAGCGAUUCCAUACUAAAUUCUCACAUGGACAAUAUAUAUGAUGAACCAAACAACAUGUUGAGCUCUUCGCUGGGCAACAGUGUUGAUAUAUUAGAUUCCGAUUCACCAUCACAGUCCAUUCCACCUCCCCCGCCGCCUGUUUCGAUUGUUAAAAUAAAGCAAACAUUAUGUCCUUACUUUCAAGAUCACACACGUUAUUUUAAAGCCAUACCGUCUGAACAGGACAAUAUUACAUCUGCAGUACAGCGAUUUAAUGUUUCAGGGCUAUCUGAAAUACAUGAUUAUGAUCUCUACUAUGGUAUUAAACGUAAUGGAUGUCAACAGUACGAUAACAGUUUACAACGAAAAAUAAUAUACAGUCCGUUGAAUAAUUCUCAUUAUUGUCAUAAUCACAUUUAUCAUGGAGGUCUGUGCAGCAAUCGACCCAACUCUAGAAAUUCAUUAAAUAGCAGACUUUCUAGUUCACACAACUCAUUGAGUGUUUCAUCAGCAAAUAAGCCAGAUGAUUCCAUAUUUAUAACGCAGGCUAUGUCACACGACGCUUUACUAACAAGAGAAAUAUCCGAUUUCUACAACGUUCCAAUUGAUUCGGACAUCUAUGCUUUACCGGUGGAUAUGAUCAAGUCGGAAAAGGAAAGAUCGCAACAUCUGCAUAGGCACAGUUCCCACAACACUGGUGAAGCAAAUGGCCCGGAAUGCAAAGAUGUCAACAUAUCCAGCAGUUGCAGUAAACAUGCGUUUAUGAAAUGUCAACAUCAAUCAAAAUCUAACCGCAAACACAAAAAUAAGCGUAAGAAACGUUCCACUUCGAAUUGCCCCGAUAAUGGCGAAAACAGCGAUCGGGCUCCGAGUCAUAUUUCAACUAGCACGUCUUCGAGAUAUAAUUCAACUUUUGUCUCUACCUCGAGUAUACAGGAUGAUGGCAGUGCCAAUAAUACAGAGCCCCUACACAUGUCUCUGGAAGAGGUGAAACAAUUCUAUCAUACGCUCUACUCAGAAACCAAAGAUAACAAGUCGGACAGCGGAGCAGCAUCCGGCGGACCCCAAUUACAUUCUAAGGCGAAUAUUUCCAAUUCCACCUCUAAAGUUUCCAACGAUCCUGCUUGGAGUGGGUCUCGUGGUAGCAACCUAACGUUGGCGCAAAGUCGUAUUGAAAAAUCUCAUGGUUCGAAUGUUAAAAACAGUCUCAUUACACAGAAAAACUUUUCAUCCGAUUCCGAGACCCAUGCCAAUAACAACAAUAACAUUGUGAUUGCAAUCAAUAACCAAAACAACCAAAAACAGAAUAUUUCUCACCAAUCGCACAUCAACGCAUCCACUGAAAAGGAACAAACUACUGAAACUACACAAUCAAUUCUCAAGUCUAGCGUAAUAUCUUCCAACGAAAAAAAGUCUCAGUUUACCUUGAAUUUAAAGCAGCGGUUUUGUAGCAUUUUCCGUUUUCGAAAAAACAGUAGUAGAUAUAGUCAUAAAAGCGACGUCAAUGAACAUGACGAUCACACAGCAACCAAUGAAAAGGUUAGUGCAUCGAAAUCAAAUGAAGACAAGCGUAAAAAGUUUCAAUCGAGAGCUCUUCCACCCUUGCCUAAGAAAG